GCCGGAGCCGCGCCCGCCGCCCGCCGGGACGAUGGUGCGCUGCGGGGCGGCCGCGCUGCUCGCCGCGCUCCUCGGCGUCUGCGUCUGGACCGACGAGACCGGGAAAGUUAUCUCGGACCGGUUCGCCGUCUACUGGAACCGGAGCAAUCCCAGGUUCCACCGCGGGGACUACACGGUGGAGGUGAGCAUCAACGACUACCUGGACAUCUACUGCCCGCACUACGAGGAGCCGCUGCCGGAGCGGAUGGAGAGGUACAUCCUCUACAUGGUCAACUACGAGGGCCACGCGUCCUGCGACCACCGGCAGCGCGGCUUCAAGCGCUGGGAGUGCAACCGCCCCGACUCCCCCAACGGGCCCCUCAAGUUCUCCGAGAAGUUCCAGCUCUUCACCCCAUUCUCGCUGGGCUUCGAGUUCCGACCCGGCCACGAGUACUACUACAUCUCUGCGUCCCCCCCGAACACGGUGGACAGGCCCUGCCUGAAGCUGAAGGUUUAUGUUCGGCCAACAAACGAUUCCCUCUACGAAUCCCCGGAGCCCAUUUUCACCAGCAACAACUCCUGCUGCAGCCUCAGGGUGCCGCCGGCGGCGCUGGCGGUGGUUCCGGUCGUCUGGACGCUCCUGGUCUCGUAGCACCGACACCGACGCGCCGGGAGCGGCUCCGCGGGGCGGGAGCGGCCCGGGGACGGAUCCUGCCCGCCCCGAAUCGCCUGGAUGGUGCCCAGGGAGGGUCGGUGCUGCCGGCGAGGAUCCUGCCGCCGCCUCAAGUCCCCGCCGUGGGCACGGCCGUCCCGCCGGGAGCGGUGCCGGGCUGUCGUGGGGGAUGGAUCCCGACUUCCAUCCCUGCCCUGCAGCUCCGGCUGUCCCGGCGGGGCGUCGCUUUUUACAUUUCUAGACCAAAUACAGAGUCCUCGUCCGUUUGGGUUUUUUCUUUGAGUUUUGGUUUUGGUUUUGGUUUUUUUUUUAAAGAAAAAAGAUUUUUAUUUUUAUUUGUUGGGUUGUUCCCGUCGGGUCCCCCCGCUGCCAGACUGACCCGCACGGGCCGGGCUCAGCCCCCACGCUGAGCCCCUUUUGUCCCCACUGCGGGCAGAGCCAGUGGCAGCACCGGGACCACCGGACACAGCGAUGGUGCCGCUGGCUCCAUGGGCACGGACUCCUUCCCAGCCCGGCUGCAGGACGUCACGGAGCCGGACCCGCCACUCCCGGCCACCCCCUGCCCCAGGCACGGGGAGCCUGGAUGGACACAGCCCCCUCUGAGUGCCCAGAGGGUCACCCUGUCCCCUCCACUUGUGCCAAGGAUGUCACCGCUGUCCCCAUGGGACACCGGGGCGGCUCCGUGAGCAGCAAAGGAAACUGGAUGCAGCCAAGGAGAGCACUGGGGACAGGUGGCAUGGGGACACCGGGAUGGCCGGCGUGGAGAGCAGCGGGAAUGGUCAGCUGAGACAGGGAGCACUGGGAUGGCCGGCAUGGAGAGCUGGGAAUGGCCGGAGUAGAGAGCACCAGGGACGGCUGACAUGGAGAGCAGCAGGAAUGGCCAGCGCCGGGAGCACCGAGAGUGACCAGCGGCAUGGAGAGCACUGGGGACAGCUGGCACUGAAGAUUGGCACUGGGAGCACCGGGAAGGGCUGGCACUGCCAAUGGCCGGCACUGGGAAUGCCGGGAAUGGCCGGCAGGCACGGGGAGCACCGCCGGGCGCUGGGAGCCGGCGGGCCGGGCUCGCCCAGCCGUGGGCAUCGCUCCGAGGGCGUUUGGCCGGCGCUGGGGCAGGAGGAGUGUGUGCCAUGGAUUUUCCUCCUCUGCCCUGCUCUGUGUCCCCCCGAUGCCUUGGGGGUACAGGACACCCCAUGGGGGGGCCGGCGGCCGCGUGCGGGACCAUCCUGGUGCUCCCUCAUGGUCACCCCGUUGUCCCCCGACAUUCCAGGGCUGGGCUUGGGGAUUUUUCCCUUUUCCUUUGCAUUAAUAAGUGAAGCCCCCCUCCCCCCCCAAUUCCCCCUCGCCGAGGUUGGCCCUGACCCCAGGGGUGGCAGGUCCCCAGGGAGGGGUCACCCCACAGCCCCGGGGUCUGACCCCUCCUCGCCUUAAAUCUGGGGCUGUCCCACCUUGGGGGGGUCCUGUGCCCAUCCCGCAGAACCCCCCUAUUCCCAGGGGGUUCGGUGGUCCUGGGGGAUGCCGGAGAUGGGCUCAGACCCGGCUGGAGCCCCCUAAUUCCAAGUGGAUCCCGGUCCUUCCCCCGACCGGGGGGCUCCAUCCCUGUACAUACAGCGCUAUACUGUGAGCGGUUUUUUUUAUGUAUUGUUGAGAAUGGAUUUUAUGGAAGGGUUUAUCUUAUUUUUAUUUUAUUUUUAUUUUUUAGACUAGGAAGCUGGAAUCUCGCAAUAAGCUCAUCUCGACCAUCCAAAAAAAAAAAAAAAGGGGGAAAAAAAUUACAAAAAAAAGGAAAAUGACAAAAAAAAGAAAAAAGAAAAAAAAAAAAAAAAAAUCGCAUUCCCUGCCGUCCCUGUCCCUGUCCCGUGUGUCCAGACCAGGUCGUGGUUCCCGAAGGUGACAAAAGCAUUGUGUUUAUGGGGGGAGGGGGGGACGCGGGGGGCACCCACCGGGCUCCGACGCGGAGCCGGCAGCACCCGCCUGGCCUUCGGUCUGUGUUUUAUAUAUAUAUAGAUUAUAUAUAUAAAUAUCUAUAUUGUGUACAGCGACUGUGGGAGAGUGGAAGGACGGAGGCGGUGGCGGGGCCGGCGGUGGGGGAGGGCUGAGGGUUCCCUAGAGCAGCCCCCCCUGCCCUCGGUGCUGUCCCCACCCCGCCCCGUGCUGGUCCCCGUCGCGCCUCGCUCCGUCCUUCGACAUUUCCGCUUUCGUCCUCGACGUCGUGCUGAUGGUAACCGGAUCUCUCACCCCCCCCCCCAUUUGGAUUCUGUAUUUUUUUAUAAUAAAAUACAAAUAAAUGUCGUGUGAGGCCCUUGCUUUGAGGAAUCACUUCUCCCUCUCUGUGCGGCUCCGUGUCCCCCUGAAGGGGGGGAGGGUCUGGGAUUGUCCCCCCGGAGGGCUCUGGCUCCAGGGAGUCCAUCCUCGCUCCCCGUGCAGCCCCUUUGCCUCGGUACACCAGGGCUCUGCAGCCAGACCUCUCUGCUGGGUGGUGUGUUAAUUACGGGAAGGAUUUAAUUACCCUGUUAAUUAAUAAUAAUGGAUAUUAAAUUAA